UGCUCGCGCCGAUGGCGGUCGUUGUUCUCUAAUCCUGUAGCCCGCCUGUGGCGGGAAAUGGAUAGAGAACCUGUUUACAGGUUCGAGUCCCAUUUCCCAAAAAGGCUUUCCCCCAACCCUUGAACUGCAUGAUGCAAAAUUUAAAUAAGGGUAUGCGUUAGAAGCGAGUCACAGGAGUCACUAGUUAGACCUGAUUACUAUUCUGAUUAUUUUCCUCCGUAUUUGCCGACAAGUGGCAGCAAGCGCCAGGCGAGGGUACCCAUACCAUUUUCGUUGUUUUUAAUCUCAGUAAUUCCGUGGAGAGUCAUCGAGGCGGAAGAUAGCGAACCCAGCCCAUCGAAAAUACCGCCGCCGCCACUUCGAAUUUGACUGAAGGUCUCUAACUGUGCCUCCCCAGGGCCUGCCCCCUUCUAGGAUGGCUCUUCUGGGAAUGCUGCUCGGGCUGCUGAUGGCUUCCUGCUUCACCUUCUGCCUCAGUCAUCAGAACCCGGAGUUUGCGCUCACGAGCCCAGAAAAGAGCAGCACCAAAGAAGCAGAGAGAAAGGAAACCACAGCGGAAGAGGAGCUGGACUCUGAGGUCCUGGAGGUGUUUCACCCAACCCAUGAGUGGCAGGCCCUUCGGCCAGACAAACCCAAAUUGAGGUCUGAUCUAAAAAAUGGCCGACUCUUCAAGUAUGUCCAGGUGAAGAAAGACCAAGAAAGAACUGAGGAGCUGUCACAGAUUGUAGGACACAUGACAGGUCAGGCUGUCCCUGUAGGAUCCCAUGUACGGCUGAAUCUCCAGACUGGGGCAAGAGAAGUGAAACUCCAAGAAGAGGACAAGUUCCAAAGUAAUUUGAAAGCAUUGAAAAAAGGCAAAAGGCUGGACAUAAACGCCAACACCUACACAUCUCAGGACCUCAAGAGUGCACUGGCAAAAUUCAAGGAGGGGACAGAAGUGGAGAGUUCAAAGGAAGACAAGGCAAGACAGGCCAAGAUUAAACAGCUCUUUCGCCCCAUUGAGGAGCUGAAGAAGGACUUUGAGGAGCUGAAUGUUGUCAUUGAGACUGACAUGCAGAUCAUGGUACGGCUGAUCAACAAAUUCAAUAGUUCCAGCUCCAGCCUAGAAGAGAAGAUUGCUGCACUCUUUGAUCUUGAAUAUUAUGUCCAUCAGAUGGAUAAUGCACAGGACCUGCUUUCCUUCGGUGGCCUUCAAGUGGUGAUCAAUGGGCUGAACAGCACAGAACCCCUGGUGAAGGAGUAUGCUGCAUUUGUGCUGGGGGCUGCCUUUUCCAGCAACCCAAAGGUCCAAGUAGAGGCCAUUGAAGGGGGAGCCCUCCAGAAGCUGCUGGUCAUCCUGGCUACGGAGCAGCCUCUCACUGCAAAGAAGAAGGUCCUGUUUGCGCUGUGCUCCCUCCUGCGACACUUCCCCUAUGCCCAGCAGCAGUUCCUGAAACUGGGGGGGCUGCAGGUCCUGAGGACCCUAGUGCAGGCGAAGGGCACAGAGGUGCUGGCUGUGCGUGUGGUCACUCUGCUUUAUGACCUGGUCACUGAAAAGAUGUUUGCAGAGGAGGAAGCCGAGCUGACCCAGGAGACGUCCCCAGAGAAGCUGCAGCAGUAUCGCCAGGUGCACCUCCUACCAGGCCUGCGGGAGCAGGGCUGGUGUGAGAUCACUGCUCACCUCCUGGCCCUCCCUGAGCAUGAUGCCCGCGAAAAGGUGCUGCAGACCCUGGGAGCCCUCCUGGCCACUUGCCGGGACCGCUACCAUCAGGACCCCCAGCUCAGCAGGACACUGGUCAGCCUUCAGGCUGAGUACCAGGCUCUGGCCACCCUGGAGCUCCAAGAUGGAGAGGAUGAGGGAUACUUUCGGGAACUGCUGGGAUCUAUCAACAGCUUGCUGAAGGAGCUGAGAUGAGAUUGCCCCUAACACCAGGACUGGACCGGGGCACUGGUGAGACUGUUGGGUACCAGCUUGGGUGGGCUCUUCAGGGGAUACCAGGCAGAAGGGAGGACUUCCUUACUGGGGCCUGGGUAUCAUCUGGGCAGUGCUGACUUGGCCAUUAAAUGGAGGCAUGAGA